CUCCGCGCUCGCGCGCGCCCCCUCCCCUCAGGGAAGGGAGGGGUUGCCAUGGCGACGGGGCGCGCCGCUUCUUCCUCUCCCUCGUUUCGAGCGAGGGGGCCAGGUCUCCAUGGCAACGGGGCCUAGUUGGGCCCCCGGGGCAGGCAGGAUGGAGGCGCGGUCUCCUAGCAACCACCCCAUCCCUUUUCCCUCCUGGAGGGGGGAGACGGACGUGCCAUGGCAACCGCAUUAUCUAGGGCAGAGGUUCCCAACCAGCGGUCCCCAGAUGUUUUCCCCGACUACAGCAUCUGUAGUCCAGCUGAGGCCAUUGUGGCUGAGGAUGAUGGGAGUUGUAGUCCAACAACAUCUGGGGACUCAUAUUUUGAGGAACCCUGUGCCAGUCAGUGAGGUUAGAAGGGCACUCUGCACAUGUGCAGGGGCACUCUCAUAUCAUGAAGGCCCCAGCACCUCUCCCUUGGAAAGCACUGGGGAUUCCAAACUGGGUUGAAAUAUUAUUGGAUGCCAGCCUUAUUCUAGAAAUAUGGACAUGUGGGAUGCCUCUGCGAAUCCAUUAAUUCUUUAGGGGAACUCUGAUUCUCUUUUUCUUUGUUGGAGAGAGAGAUAUAUAUAUAUACACACACACACAUACAUAUAUAUAUACACACAUAUCUACUUCCAGUCAUGUGAAUGAAAAAGUGGGAUAUAUGCCAUUUCAAUAACCUAAAUAAAUUAGAGGAGGGGUAUAAUGGCAUAAAUCAGGUGUUGGCACAGUACUGGUGAUAAACCCAGGCACUGGCACUCCUAUUGGGGUAAAUACAGGCAUAAUUGCAGGAGGCCUCACAAAAGACUGGUGGCAUCGGGUGGAGUGAGCUAUGAUCCUUGGUGCCAUCACCAAGCAGUGGCCAAAGAGGGAGAAUAGAAGACCUGGUCCGCAAGUGCGGGCACUACCAUGCUAUGCCUGCCUGUACAGAUGCCACUAGCAGCCUGCCUGUGCCAAUCACAUGCCAUACAUUUGCACUGGGCGCAUCCAUCACAUUUGCACCCUGCAGUUUGGGCUCUCCCUACCUCUUCUGUGCAAGGCCCAGAAAAUCCCGUCCGUGUCCCUGAACGCUUGCAGUAAUUGGCUGUGUCGGUGGUGCUAUCGGGGUACCAGAGCGCCUUUGGCCGUGGGUACGCUCUCCCGUAUGCCAGAACAGCUGGCUGAAUGCUGCCUAUGGGGGAGGAGGAAGGCACCCUGCUGACUACCCUGGAGCCCUCAGGCCCAUCUGUCUGCAGCAGGCAAACUAGAUUUGGAUGGACACGUCUGGAAGUGCAGGACUCACCCUGGGCCAGAGACUGGAGCCCUGCCCCAUCCGCCCUCAGCUCCCAAGAUGCGCAUCACCUUCUGCCAGGGGAUUCUCGCUGUUGCCAUCACCAUUAACCUGCUCAUCCUUUACUACAUCUCAAGGCUCCAGCAACGCGUCUUGCAUCGCCACAGGGAGCACAUGCCGCCCAGCACCCACCAGCAGCUUGGUCCCUUGAAGCCCGGCGUGACCAUCCUCAUCAGGGAGUUUCAAGACUUUGAAAACUACGUUCCUGACGUGGUGCGGUCUUUUGUGAAACAGAAACCGGAGCUGCCUGCGGUGGUGGUGGCAGACCGCUUGCCGUACCCCCCCAUGGGUCUUCCCAGCAUGCCCAGCGUCCAAGUGGUCAUUCUCAAGCCAGCCCCAGAUCAGCCUGCCCACACGUCCAGGCCAGAGACCUAUGUGAGGACGGCAUACGUGGCGCUGGUGCCUGACGGGGUGAAGGCGGACCCCACGUCCCAGCUGGAGAGAAUGCUGGAGGAGUUCAAGGCCAGCCAAGGGAAGGUGGAGAUGGUUGCAGCCCCUGUCCGCUCACUGAUGCCCCUCCAGUGCCUGAACCUCAAGGUUAGCCUUAAAAGAUGGACUGCUGAGUACACACCAGCUGCUCCGUCCUCCAAAUUGUGCACGGCCCUGAAGGGGGAGGCCGUUCUCCUCCUCCGCACCAAGGACCUCUUCAACCUCUCGGUGCCCUUGGCCAAGCCCUUGAUGACCUCUCUCUUCAUCCAGACCUCACUGCGGGGAUGGACGGUCCGCAUCCUUGACAUUUCCUUCUCUGCGGUUCACCAGCCUUUGCUCACCUCCUCCCACAACCAGUGGAAGGCUGACAACCUCGCCAAGGCCAGCCGGCUGCAGCUCUUCCGGGAUUUCGGCAUCAAGCGAGUGUUGCUGGAGGAUGGGAAGGAGCAGUGGUUUGGGUGCAGCAAGGAGACUCAGCGGUGCUUCGGCACCAUCCAUGACGACACCCCAGAAUACCUCUAUCAGAACCGCUGGACCCCGCCUUGUUGCCUCAAAGCAUUGAGGGAAACGGCCAAAUACGUCAUCAACAUCUUGGAGAUGUCUGGGGUGCGGUACUGGCUGGAGGGGGGGACACUCCUCGGGGCGGCCCGUCACCAAGACAUCAUCCCAUGGGACUACGACGUUGACCUGGGCAUCUACCUGGAGGACAUCCCUAACUGUGAGCUGCUCAGGAGUGCUGAGUCUGGCUCCAUUGUGGACGAGAGGGGCUUUGUCUGGGAGAAGGCCAUUGAGGGGGACUUCUAUCGAGUGCAGUACAGCGAGCACAACCACUUGCACGUGGACCUGUGGCCUUUCUACCCCAAGAACGGCUUCAUGACCAAGGACACGUGGAUGGACCACCGGCAGGACGUCGAGUUCCCCGAGCACUUUCUGAAGCCCUUGGUUCCCAUCCAGUUUGCCGGCUUCCUGGCUUUGGCUCCCAACAAUUAUCGGAGCUUCCUGGAGCUGAAGUUUGGAGAAGGGGUGAUCGAAAACCCAGAAUACCCAAACCCAGCACUGAAGAGAAUGGAGAAAGGAAAUGGAAUGUGAGUUUGUGAGACCCGGGGCCUUAAAAAGGGAGAGACUCUUCCUUAUCUCAGAGCUAAGAUCUUCAUGACAGCAGCUGCUUCCACAAAAAUAAUCUGGGGAAAAGAUUCAAACUUUGGACUGUUCCCAUUCCUCAGUUAUUUUGUGGCCAAAAGGUGCAACCUCCUCAGGAUUCACACUGACCCAGCUGCUUCCUCAGAACUCUCCAGAAAGAGAAACCUUGAGUAAAGAGCAGAUUAGACAAGGGUUGAGAACUAGUUCCCCAAGGGGCGUUCAAAAGUCAAUACCGAGAACAGGAAGGCAAGCUCUGCUGAACCAGACCCAAAGGUGCAUCUAGUCCAGAAGCCAAUCAGAUGCCUCCAGGAAUCUCAAGCAGAAGGUAGGCAGAAGUGGCUGUCAGGGGCUUAACUCAGAAAGGGUAAAGAAUACACUUAUUGAGAUGAAUAUUAAGCCCGUUCACACAACCAGCGGCUGGGUAGGAGCUAGGAAGAGCAUCUGGUCAGGAUCUCAGAGCCAUGCACACUCCUGAGAACCGGCCUCAAGGCAGGAGGGAUGGGAGGUGAUUGUAAGCUAGCCAUGAUAUGGGUAGGGGCAGAGCAGCCGACUCACACAGUUGACCCAGCAUGGUAUCUCAGGUGGAGGAAAAGCGUGUCCUGAGCCAUCUUACACACGACCAGUUUCCCACCCUUCUGCCUCAACUUUUGCCAACACACAACUGGUUCUCAGGAGCAUGCAUGAGUCUGGGAUCCUGGCCGGACGCUCCUUCUACACAGCUUUCGAUCACGUGAGUGGGCUGAUUGUGUAUAUAGCCCUUUCAGACACCAGCUGAGCAAGCAGAACAGAGAUGCCUGGAUGGCUUAAAUGAACUGGAGCUUGGCGACUGGCCCUCCUCGGCCAGGCUGGUUUCGACAACUGCUGAGGUUCUCAUAGUGGGUUCUCCACAGGUUGUUGGAUGAUGGGAGUUGUAGGCCACAGCAACUGGGGAUGAUGGGAGCUGUAGUCCAGACCAAUCUGAGAACCCCUGUGCUUCUGCAAAUGUGAAUUUGUGGAGAAGUGGGAGGCAGAAUUACUUCCUUACAAAUUAGGUUCAUGUCACAGCCGUUUUGCACUAUCACCUCGCUUCACCUCACUGGAAGUUAUUCACUCAUUAUGACUGGCGUGUCACAAAGAUGAUGCUUGCAGGGUGUGUUUGAUGAGGCCUGUCCUAAAACUGCUGGUGUGUUUUAAAGAAAUUACAGUUAAAGAUUUUUUUUUUUAAGGUACCCAAACCUUGUGACACUAACCUUUCAUUUGGCAAGGCUUCUCCUCAUGUUUGUUUUUUAAUAAAAGAGCCAGUGAAUGGA